UGUCCCCUCCCCCUGUCCCCACUGGUGUCUGGCUGUCCUCCCGUCAGGCCCUGGUGUUGUGGCUAUCUGACCUCCCCCGCCUCCGGGCCCCAAGAUGGGCGAGUUCAAUGAGAAGACGACAUGCGGCACCGUCUGCCUCAAGUACCUGCUCUUCACUUUCAACUGCUGCUUCUGGCUGGCUGGUCUGGCCGUCAUGGCAGUGGGCAUCUGGACGCUGGCCCUCAAGAGUGACUACAUCAGCCUGCUGGCCUCGGGCACUUACCUGGCCACAGCCUACAUCCUGGUGGUGGCUGGUAUUGUUGUCAUGGUGACUGGUGUCCUGGGCUGCUGCGCCACCUUCAAGGAGCGGCGGAACCUGCUGCGCCUGUACUUCAUCCUGCUCCUCAUCAUCUUUCUGCUGGAGAUCAUUGCUGGCGUUCUGGCCUACGUGUACUACCAGCAGCUGAACGCGGAGCUGAAGGAGAACCUGAAGGACACCAUGACCAGGCGGUACCACCAGCCAGGCCACGAGGGCGUGACCAGCGCCGUGGACAAGCUGCAGCAGGAGUUCCACUGCUGUGGCAGCAACAACUCCCAGGACUGGCAGGACAGCGAGUGGAUCCGCUCUGGCGAGGCGGGCGGCCGUGUGGUCCCCGACAGCUGCUGCAAGACCGUGGUGGCGGGCUGCGGGAAGCGGGACCACGCCUCCAACAUCUACAGGGUGGAGGGCGGCUGCAUCAGCAAGCUGGAGACCUUCAUCCAGGAGCACCUGAGGAUCAUCGGGGCUGUGGGCAUCGGCAUCGCCUGCGUGCAGAUCUUUGGCAUGAUCUUCACGUGCUGCCUGUACAAGAGCCUGAAGCUGGAGCACUACUGACCGUGCCACUCCGGCCCUCCGUGCAUGCUGCAGCCGCUGCAGCUUCGCGCCGCCCGUGACUACUGAGCUGAACUACUGACGGCCUGGGCUGGGGUCCCAGGAUGCCGCUCCCACCCCUCUCCCCUCUGCCAAGGAGGUUGUCUUCUCAUGCCUCUGCGCCCCC